GCAGGUGACCCUGAUCCCCACCUUCGACUCGGCGGCCAUGCACCGCUGGUACGAGGACACGCACGGCCGGCACCAGGCGCUGGGCGUCACGGUGCUGGGCAGCAACAGCAUGGUGUCCAUGCAGGACGAGGCCUUCCCCGCCUGCAAGGUCGAGUUCUAGCCCCGCCCCCGCCCCACAGCCCCGCCCCCGGAAAUAAAGCCCCUGCGCACCCCCACCCCGGCCUGGACGCUUCUUCCGGCGGGACCCCAGGCCUCAGCGGCCUCCUCCCCGGGCCUUGCAACAGCAGAGGGGCCGCCGGCGCCCCCUGGCGGUGACCUAAACCCUGCUUGAGGCGAGGGUUCGAGAGGGCGUUGGGAGGGGGCGGCCCAGCUGGGUUCUGGGCUGGGAGAGGCUCCACUGCAGACCGGAGACGGAGACGCAGGGCAGGGCCGGGUCCUCUCCCGAGGGCGCAGGGCAGGGGUCAGCCGGGCGUGGACCAGUGCGAGCAGCCAGAGGUGGGGGGAGCGGGUCUGGGGGGGUUACGGCCACGGGGCAGGUGCACCCCAGGGGCACCAGCCAGCGUUGUGGGGGGCGCAGCGGGCUCAGUGCCUCCCCAGACUCCCACAUCCGGGACUGGAGCGGCCGGGUUUGAGUCCCGGCCGCUCCACGUCCCACCCGGCUCCCCCACGUGCGAACCAUGGGAGGGGAGGGUCCCGCCGGGUCCCGUCCCCCCAUGUGGGGGGCCUGGAUGGAGCGCCUGGCCCAGCCCUGGCUGUUGUGGCGUUGAGGGAUGCAAGACCCGCCUCCCAAACCAAUAAAUCUUGGGAAGUUUGCUGCGCUACGGGGCCCCAUCUGUGGCUGCCCCGUCUGUCUGGUCUCCGCCCCUCCGUCAGAAGCCUCGGGACCGCCCCCCCACCCCCCCAGGCCGGAGCAGGUCCCCCCUAGCAGCCAUCGCGGCCAGGCCCCGCCCUCGCGGAUUUCACUUCCCGGUUCCUGGUGCGCCUGCGCCAGAUCCCCUCAUCAAAAUCCAAGCUGGGGGGCCGGGCGUGUGGCACAGUGGUCAAGGCCCUGCUGGGCAGCCCCGGUCAGGUCGGGAGGACCUGCUGAGGGCCUGGAAGGCAGCAGUGCCGGCCCAGGGGACUCCUGGCUGCUGGCCCCGCCUGGCCCGGCCCUGGCUGUUGCAAGCUCCCUCUCCGAUAAUGUAUUAAAAAUUGGAGACACGGUCA